AUGUUAUCCAGAAAAACUGUUUUACUAGUUUUACUUGUAUUCCUACAUUACUGUUAUGCUGAUGAUGAUCCAUGUAACUCUGGAAGCUUCAACACCUCAACAUUGAGUGGGAUAUUACCAUACAAAUACAAAGAUCUCGUCCAGAUACCAAAUGGAACAGUGUGCAUCUAUAAUUUCACAGUACCUUGGAGCUACGUCCUUGAAUUAAAAACCGACUACUACAUGAGAGACACGGAUAAAAUAACAAUAACUAAUAAUUUAGGAGAGCAGCAAGUCUACACGUCAUCUGGAGCUCUUUUUGAGAACACCUAUUUCUGUCCUAAAGGAUUUUGUCAAGUCAAAGUGGAGAGUAAUUCGAAGGCAUCAUUCAUGACAUACUUCAAUUACAGAUAUUUAUCUAAUUAUACCAGUGACACCGUAAUGAGCGGCGACUGGUACCAGCUCAAUGGUCUAGUCCCUUAUCAUUAUAUUAUUUAUUAUUGCUCCAAUGUUGCCUUCACACUUGACCAGAAUACUAGUCCAGAUUCCAUGCAGAAUCUUGCUAACUAUUACAUUUACGAUAGUCCCAAUCUUUCAAACGGAGAAUAUUUGGGCACUUUGGCUAGUUUGAAGAAUUCCACAAUUUACACAACUGUGGUGUUUGUGUCGGUGGUGAACUUCUAUGCUGGAUUAGACUCGGACGCUUAUAUCAUUGGGAAUGAUGCGUCACAGAUUCCCAGCAACUACCAAUUUAUUCUAACCACACCGGAAACUAUGGGGUCUUAUCAGUUUUCUAGUUAUGUUAAUAAUGAAGCCGCUGUCACAUUUGGUUGUCAAGGAUGCGAUCAACACUAUCUUGAUAAACUCAUGUUUGACACAUCCGUAGCUAGCAAUGGAUAUGUUGGAAUUCAGGGACGGAGUCCAUCACAGAGCUAUAGUUUGGAUAAAGUUCUCUUCUAUCAACCAACGACAUUCAGCUCGAAUCAACUCCCACAAUUCAUUGAAAAUCGAGAAUUCACAGUUUACUAUUACAAAACCAAUUUUACUAUUCAAUUCUACAGUGGAAAAAAUUAUACCGGGUAUCAGACAUCGUUUGUUGGAAGAGAAGGAUUGAUUGCUUCUAAUACAAUUUGGAAUAGAGAACAAUGGGAUGGAGGGAGCUUCAAUUUCACCUUCAGUAACAACUCUCAGCUUUUCGAAUAUCGGAUCAAUAUGACAAAUCUUCAUUUUGGGAAUAAUGAUACAGAUAGGUUGUAUCUUUCAAUUGGAACUGGUGACACAACUGCAGUCAGUUUGACAUGGCCCGGAGCAAUGCCAACGUACGUAACUGGUGUUGGAAGUUGGAUGGCGGUUGAAUCUCACUAUUCCUUGCAAACAAUCAUCAUGCUACCAUUCGAAAUGCGAGAUGGGACACCAAACACCACAACGGCUCAAACUAGUACGACUGCAGUUGUAACUACAACACCAAUGGCUUCCACUACAACCGUUUUACCAACUACGACACCUCCAAUUACCAUGGGGCCUUUACCGACUGUUGUGAUGGCAAAUUCCAGUACUGUAACUAGUACGCUUGCAACCACAACUAGCAAAGCUGACAGUGUGUCUCUCAACUUUUUAGUUCUGUUUUCUCUUAUUGCCAGUUUUUUAUUUUAG